AAAAGAAAAAAGAAAAUGGAAGAAGCAAACCUAGAAAGCUUCCUUGAAUGGGGUGCUGCAAUUGGAAUCUCAGACACUCCAAUUUCCGACAACCCUUCUUCCUCUUCUUGUCUCGGCCAUUCUUUGUCCGUUUCCCAUUUUCCUGAAGCCGGCGGGAGAGGUUUAGCUGCGGCGCGUGAUUUAAGGAAAGGGGAAUUGGUCCUCAGAGUUCCUAAGGCGGCUUUGAUUACAAGCGACCGUCUAAUUAACGAUGAUCCGAUUUUGUCUUCUGCUUUGGUGAACUACCCUUCACUCUCUUCUAAUCAGAUAUUGUCCGUUGCUUUACUAAAUGAAGCGAACAAGGGCCGGAGUUCUUCUUGGUACACUUACCUAAAGCAAUUACCACGAAGUUAUGACUUGCUCGCGAGUUUUGAUCGGUUCGAGAUAGAAGCGUUGCAGAUUGACGAUGCAAUAUGGACUGCAGAGAAGGCCGUUCAUAAAGAAGAAAAGGAGUGGGAAGAAGCAACUCCUCUUAUGUGUGAACUUAAUUUCAAGAAUCGACUCACAACAUUUAAGGCUUGGCUAUGGGCUUCUGCAACUGUAAGCGCAUCUCUCGUUUGUUUUCAUUACCCCUGUUUAGGAGAUUUCGUUAACUAUGCGCCUCCUCAAGAAAAUUUGGAUAAUUUGAAAGAAGACGAUUUGUUAGAUGGAAAUACGGAUAGGUUAACAGAUCCGGGUUUUGAUGAAGCGGUUGCGAGUUAUUGCUUCUAUGCUAAGAAAAAUUACGUAAAAGGAGAUCAGGUUCUUCUAAGCUAUGGUACAUACACAAAUUUAGAGCUUCUAGAAUACUACGGGUUUCUUCUUCAAGAAAACCCAAACGACAAGGCUUUCAUUCCCUUGGAAUCCGAAAUGUACUCCCUUUGCUCUUGGCCGAGAGAUUCACUAUACAUUUCCAAAAAUGGGAAACCAUCCUUUGCAUUAAUCUCCACCGUCCGUUUGUGGGCCACCCCCGAGAGAAAUCGAAGGUCGGUUAAGCACAUUGCAUUUUCAGGACAACUUAUCUCGAACGAGAACGAGGUUGCUGCAAUGGAAUGGAUAGCAAAUAAAUGCCGGGAUUUGUUGACCGGUUUUCCGAGCUCGAUCGAAGAAGAUGCUUUAGUGCUUUGUAUGAUCGACGAAAUCGAAAAUUGUAGUGGAGAUAGAGAGUUGGCGAUUCGUACUUUAUUAGAGAGGAAUAGUGUAAAGGCAACAAGAUCUGAUAUUUGUAGGUUGAAAUUGGCAGUUGAGUGGAGACAUAGGUACAAGAAUAUUUUGUCUGAUUGUAUAUUGUAUUGUAGUUGUACUAGGAUGUUGGAUAAUCCUUCUUGUUGAUGAUAUAUCGUUCGAUCGUAUUCUUGUCGA